UUAUUUUAAACAUAAGUUAUAGGCAGUUCAUUACUAUUCAAGUAAAUUGUACUGCAGCAAUGUCUCAACAUCGCAUAUCUGAUGUCAUUGGUAUACUUAGAGGAGUUAAGACAGUAACUGAUGCUCUCAUAAAGCAUCAAGAAGAAUCAAUUAAACAUGUAAUACAGACUUCAAGUUUGAAAACUACUGCAGGGAAAUGUGUAACAGACAGUUUAAGAACAUUUAGAAAUAUAGAACCAAGUAAGGUUCCUGUUCAAGUAACAAAAGAACUUAAAGAAGUGGCAGAACGGAUAAAUGUUGUCGAAAAAGGUAUAAUAGAAUUUAUAAAACUCAAAGCUAAAGAAACCAUAGGAGUGCCAUUAGAUCAAGAUGAACCUAUAAAAUCUAAGAAAACUAAGUUAUAUGUUUAUAAUCCUGCCAAAGAUCCAAAAGAAAUAAUAACAGAAAUGGAUGUUUCAAACAAAAAGUCUGAUCCUGGUAGUAAUGUGCAAGACAAACAAGAUACACCUUUAAAGAAAUAUACAACUGUCAAGGAAAAAAUUGAAACAAUUUCCAAACUAAAACAUGAAAUACCUAAGAUAGAACUUUCUGAGAAGGACAAAGAAAUUUUGAGGAGAUUAGAAUUAGAACAUGAAAAAAAUGUAAAGAACCACAAUAGAAAACAAGAUAAUGUAGCAAAAGCUGAUUCAGAGGAAUUAGUAGGUAAAGUAACAGAAAAUGUAAAAGUAAUUUCAGACAAUCCUCAAAUUAAACCUAAACCAAAACCAACUGUAAGACCAAAACAAACUCUUUCACCUAAUGCAAAAGCACAAAAAGUUCCAGCUACCAGAUUACAGAGAAUGGUAAGCUUUGGAACAUUAGGAAUUGGUCUUGGUGUUGGCACAGUUGCAGAGUAUACACGUAGAACACUUGGAUUAAAAAAACAAGGUUUUGGAGAUACAAUUGAUAGUCUAUUUCUUACCAAAGCAAAUGCAGAAAGAAUAGUUUCAACUUUAUGUAAAGUAAGAGGUGCAGCUUUAAAAAUUGGGCAAAUCUUAAGUAUACAAGAUGAAAGUAUUAUAAGUCCGGAAUUACAAAAGGUUUUUGAGCGAGUUAGGCAAAGUGCUGAUUUUAUGCCAACUUGGCAAGUUGAAAAAGUAUUAGCUAGUGAACUUGGACAUGAUUGGAGAAAUAAAUUAACUACCUUUGAAGAUAAACCAUUUGCUGCAGCUUCCAUUGGUCAAGUACAUCAUGGUACCUUGUUAAAUGGACAAGAUGUUGCAAUUAAAAUUCAAUACCCAGGUGUAGCUAUGGGUAUUCAAAGUGAUGUUGAAAAUUUAGUAGGCAUAAUGAAGGUUUGGAACAUUUUUCCAAAAGGUAUGUUCAUAGAUAACUUGGUAGAAGUUGCAAAACGGGAACUUGCAUGGGAAGUUGAUUACGUUCGAGAAGCAGAAUGCACAAGAAGAUAUAAAAAACUUAUAGAAUCUUAUUCAGAUUAUUAUGUUCCUACUGUAAUAGAUGAGUUAUCAACAAACCAAGUUUUUGCAACUGAAAUGGUAGAAGGAAUUCCAGUAGAUAAAUGUACAAGCAUGGAUAUGGAAACAAGAGAACAUAUUUGUAAAUUGAUAAUGCGUUUGUGUCUUAAAGAAUUAUUUGUUUUUCGAUAUAUGCAAACUGAUCCAAAUUGGUCAAAUUUUUUCUACAAUACGAAUACGAGACAAUUGGUGUUGUUAGAUUUUGGUGCAUGUCGGGAGUAUGAAAAGUUGUUUAUGGAUAAAUACAUUCAAAUAAUUCAUGCUGCAAGUGAAGGCAACCGCGACAAAAUCUUAAAUUUAUCUAGAGAAAUGGGAUUUCUUACAGGAUACGAAUCUAAAAUUAUGGAAGAAGCUCAUGUAGACACAGUAAUGGUUUUAGGUCAAGUAUUUGAUAAAAAUCAUAAAUAUUACGAUUUUGGUGGACAGGAUGUAACUAAACGGAUUCAGUCACUAGUGCCAACAAUAUUAGAUCACAGACUUUGUCCUCCGCCUGAAGAAAUAUACAGUCUACAUAGAAAAUUAUCAGGAGUUUUCUUACUAUGUGCUAAGCUUCAGGUUAAAAUAAAUUGCCGCGAUAUGUUUUACGAAAUAUAUGCAAAUUAUAAAUUUGAAUAA